AUGCUUAAAUUAUUUAUCUCUUUACUGGGAUUAUUCUUAUUUUUCCUAAUUAAUCUUAUCAAUGCCGCUGAGGUCAAAAACUUUUAUCUUAAUGCUACAUAUGUUAAUGUCAAUUUAGAUGGUAAAUAUGAAAGACAAGCAAUUGGUUGUAAUGAUACCUAUCCAUGGCCAACUCUUGAAGCCAACAAAGGUGACAGAAUCCAGCUUUGGUUAACCAAUGGUUUGAACGACACAAACACCACUUUACAUUUCCACGGUAUUUGGCAAAAUCACACCAACCAAAUGGAUGGUGGUGACAUGAUUUCCAAUUGCCCAAUUCCUCCAGGUGGAACUUUCAUUUACAACUUCACUUUAGAGCAAUCUGGUUUGUAUUGGUAUCACUCUCACACUGCCGGUCAAUUUGCUGAUGGUUUUAGAGCUCCAUUUGUUAUUCACGAUAAGAAUACAACUAGUGGUGAAGAUGAAUUUCCUUAUGAAUAUGAUGAAGAGGUUAUCUUAACCAUUUCUGAUUGGUACCAUCAAGAUAAUGUUGAAUUAACAAAGGAUUUCUUAGAUCUUUAUAACCCUACAGGCGCUGAACCAAUCCCAGAGAGUUUAUUAAUUAAUGAAGGUAUGAAUUUAACAUGGAAAGUUGAGCCAAAUAAAACCUAUCUUGUUAGAUUAGUUAACACUGGUGCUUUUGUCUCUCAAAUCUUUUUUAUUGAAGACCAUCAAUUGGAAGUUGUUGAGGUCGAUGGUGUUUAUGUUGAAAAAAACAUUACUGAUCACAUCUAUGUUACUUCUGCUCAAAGAUACUCUUUCUUACUCCAUACUAAGAAUUCAACCGAUAAAAACUUUGCUAUUAUGCAACUUUGUGAUCAAGAUAUGUUAGAUGUUCCAGGUAAUUUAAACACCAAUGAAACCAGUUAUUUGAUUUACAAUGAAGAUGCUGACUUGCCAACUGAAGCUUAUAUUUACGAUUGGGAAGAUUUCUUAGAUGACUAUUAUUUGUCUCCAUUAAGUGGGUCAGAAUUAUUGGAAGACCCUGAUUACCAAAUUGUUGUUGAAGUUACCAUGAACAAUUUAAACGAUGGUAAAAACUAUGCUUUUUUCAAUAACUUGACAUAUGUUGCUCCAAAAGUGCCAACAUUAAUGACUCUUUUGAGUGCUGGUGAGUUAGCUACCGAUGCAGCAAUCUAUGGGUCAAACACCAAUACAUUUGUUCUUCAACAUAACGAAGUUAUUGAGCUUGUUCUCAACAACGCUGAUGCCGGUAAACAUCCAUUCCACAUGCAUGGACAUCAUUUCCAACUAGUUCAAAGAGGACCUGAUUACACUGAUGAAACUGAUCCAGUUCCAUACGACGAAGAAAAUGCAGAUGAAUUUAGAGACGUUCCACUUUCAAGAGACACUGUAUUUGUUCGUCCUAAUUCUUACAUUGUUCUUAGAUUUAAAGCAGACAAUCCAGGUGUUUGGAUUUUCCACUGUCAUAUUGAAUGGCAUAUGAUCCAAGGGUUGUCUUUGAUUUUGGUUGAGGCCCCAUUGCAGGUUCAAAAGGAUGAGGGACAACAACUUACAGAGAACCAUAUCAGUAUUUGUGAAGCUGCUGGUGUUUUGCCUUCAGGUAAUGCUGCUGCCAAUACCGAAGAUUUUUUUGAUCUAACCAAUGAAAACGUUCAAGUAAAGGACUUACCAAGCGGGUUUACUGGCAGAGGUAUUGUUGCUUUGGUCUUUUCAUGUAUUGCUGGUAUUUUGGGUAUUAUAGUUCUUGGUAUCUACGGUUUGCUGCCAAUCAAUGAAAAGAAAGUUAUUGAAGAUUUUGGUGUUGAAAGUAUUGAGUUGGAUGAAACAUCAAGUAAUGAUGUUCAACCCAAUACAAAAUCUAGCACGUCUUUAUGA